ACACGCCCACACACGCGGUCGCGCGCACUUCGAAGCGGAUGUUCCCGUCAUCCCCUUCCGCUUCCUCGGACGGUUGGACUUGGGACCCGUUUUCCGCGAGGAUUCCCGCGCCCCGUCGGAGCCGCUUCUGCUUUUUGCCUUUGGAUCAUGCUGCUGCUUACCCUGUUGUUGUUCUUGCUUUUGGGCCUAGCAUCUCCUGUGGAGGUGAAGCGCCCACGGGGCGUCUCCUUAACAAGCCAUCACUUCUAUGAUGAAUCGAAGCCAUUUACUUGUCUAGAUGGCUCAGCAACAAUAGCCUUUGAUAGAGUCAAUGAUGAUUACUGUGACUGCAAAGAUGGAUCAGAUGAGCCAGGAACUGCUGCAUGCCCUAGUGGCCGUUUCCACUGCUCCAAUGCUGGCUACCGACCUCAGUACAUCCCCUCCUCCCGUGUCAAUGAUGGAAUUUGUGACUGCUGUGAUGCAACAGAUGAGUACAACAGCGGCAUCGUGUGUGAAAACACCUGCAAAGAAAUGGGCCGAAAGGAGCGGGAGGCACUAAAGCAGAUGGCUGAAGUGGCCAGAGAAGGCUUCGAAAUCAAGCAGGCCCUGAUGAAGGAAGCAAGUAAGAGGAAGGAAGAAAAACAGAUAAAGCUUACUGAGCUACAGGAGAGCAAGAAGUCUGUGGAGGAGCAAGUGGAGACUCUGAGGUCGCUAAAAGAAGCUGCUGAGAAACCUGAAAAAGAAGCCAAGGAUAUCCAUCAGAAAGCCUGGGAGGAACAGAAAGCGGCCGAAAGAGCAGUGAGGGAUCAAGCCAAAGCAGAAGAAGCCUUUCAUGAGCUGGAUGAUGAUGGAGAUGGCAUGAUAUCUGUUGCUGAGCUCCAGACGCACCCUGAACUAGAUGCAGAUGGUGAUGGGAUCCUUUCAGAAUUGGAAGCCCAGACUUUACUGGACAAUUCCUUGCAGGCGGAUGUGGCCAGAUUCCAGGACACUGUGUGGGCAGCGAUCAAGGAGAAGUACAGACCAGAGAGCUUGGUUGAUGUACAGCCCCCACCAAAAGGCCCAUCAGAUGAAGAGCCAGAUACUCCGCCCGAUGCCCACGUGGACCAGUUACCUCCUGAUGACGAUUAUGACGAGGAGGAGGAUGAAGAUGAAGAACCUGAGGAAGACAGCAUUGAUGAGGAGGUCCCUUCCCCCAAGCCAUCGUCUGAUGUCAAAGCGUCAGAAGAUGAACUGGAGACGAUGCCCCCUUAUGAUGAAGCCACACAAGCUCUAAUUGAAGCUGCCCAGAAGGCCCGAGAGCAGUUUGAAGAGGUAGAGAAGUCCCUGAAAGAAAUGGAGGAGUCUAUCAGGAGCCUGGAGAAAGAGAUCUCCUUUGAUUUUGGACCUCAUGGUGAAUUUUCUUACCUCUAUGGCCAGUGCUACGAACUCACCACUAAUGAAUAUAUUUAUCGCCUCUGUCCCUUCAGCAGAGUGUCUCAGAAACCCAAACAUGGCGGCUCGGAGACCAGCCUUGGCACGUGGGGCUCCUGGAGCGGUCCAGAGGAUAACAAAUUUGGUGUCAUGAAGUACGAACACGGGACAGGCUGCUGGCAAGGCCCCAACCGAUCCACCACAGUGAAACUUACAUGUGGCAAGGAGACAGUGGUCACAUCGACGACAGAGCCCAGCCGCUGCGAGUACUUGAUGGAGUUUAUCACCCCAGCAGCCUGCCAGGAGCCAAAAGACCUCGGUCACGAUGAACUCUGAGGCUGGCAGAUUUGCAAAAGAGCUGUUGUCAGUGGGACCAGGUUCUAAUCGACAUGAUUCAAAGAAGCACUGCAAAAUUUACUUCUCUUGCCCCCUGGGGCUGCCCCACAUGGACCCCCGACAUCCUUUCUCUACUGUUCGCGCUGCUCUUCCUCAGUGGACUCUGGAGCUUUUGAAUAAUUAUGUUUACCCUGUGAAACACUGGGGAUUGAGUGUGCCCCCCCCUUUUUUCCUUCCAGGGCACCAUCUGCCCAGAUCAUGCACAACACACAGGACUGCUCAGCUGCUUGGGCCAUUUUCUUGCUGGGGAAAAGGCUUCCUCCGCCUCUUAACGGUUGCUUCUUUGUGGAGGAAGAGCCCUUACUUUUCAGCCAUGCAGAGACUUCAGGCCUUUCCCCCUGAAGCUCUUCUCUCCUGCCAGCAUUUUCUGUUCCAAGCCAGAUUUCCACUCUGUCUGAGACAGCUGAAAGAAGACGACUGGAAAAAGAACCUGCUCCUUAGCUUGCCCCCUGCACUGCCAAUCACAGCCUGGUUGUUGUUGUUUUAAUCUGCUGUCUGAUGUUGAACUCUUAUUAAAAAAAAACACACCACCACAUUCCCUUCCAAUAAACGUCUCUGCUCUCUUCUGUCUGUGGCCUCAAAGGUGAGAUUUGGAGAGUUGUUUGGAAGGGGUUGUAUGAAAGGGGGAUGGCACGACAUGGCCAGUUUUAUGUCCGUUCAUGCAGCUGUUAUCAGUGGCCUCCGCAUGUGUCAUUUCUCCAGGAGGGGCUGGCAGAAACUUCAACAGGAUGCAUGGGACCCAACAGACCCUCCUCUUCCUUCCUCCUCCCCCCUCCACCUUUGGGGAACUGGGCCUCCCAGGGCUGCUAUGCUCCUCUUCAUAAAGGUUUUGGGGGAGGGCAGCGCUGGUGCCUUUCACCUGCUCCCCUCGAUUGCUGUCAAAGCCGGAGCAUUUCCAUAACAAAAAGGGAGGCCACUUCCCACCCAGCCACCAUUGUUUCCCAUCUGAGCUCCUAUCCCAAAAGGCGCCUGGUGCUGGGAAGAGGGGGUUGGGGGGUAGGUCUGACAAAAGGCCCCUCUGGUGACUGGGGACAUGUUUACUGUAUGGGUUCAGCCUCCCCUGGGCAAAGAAGCAGGGAAGCAUGUGCAGUUGGUUAUUGAUAGAGGAGGGGCACACCACCUCACCCCCCCAAUCUUUCCAGAGGGGAAAGGAGGUGUUUCUCCCACACCCAUGGGGUGACGUAGGCGGUUUCUGCUGGCGAAACAAGACAUUAAAUGGAAGCAUCUGUUCUUAAACCAGAUCUCAACUGGUGUGUGUGUAUGCGGACCCCUCAAUUCCCUUCCUUUGGAUCAAAUCCUCUGAUCAGUGAAGGAUGGAUGGGCAAGACUCUUGUGCCCCACCUCCCACAAGCACCAUUCAUUUCCCCCAUCCCCCAAAACACAGUUCAAGUAGAGUAAACUUGACUCUCGUGCAGAGGGCAAAACUUGAGUUAGCACCUCUUCUACCAACCCUAUUCAUUUGCUUCUAUGCUUGGUUGCCAUAGCGUGACAAAUAGACCCUUUUGAUUUAUGCUAAUAAAAUGUCCCUUCAUAAGGGGUGUUUUCAUUGUUCCUGCAAGAGUGACUUAAAUAUGCAGAGUGUAUCUGUUGUGGGGACAGACCAUCCACUGCAACAUCUCUCAGAACUCAAAUGGGAUCCACUGCAGGUAGACCCCCACCAACUGCAGAGCUCGUCUCAGUGUUGUUUCUUUUCAGUUGUAUGACAGACCACAGGUACCACCUAGUUACUACUGCUGACUCCCCCAGUACGUAUGAGUAACCCAGAGUAAGUGGAGCAUCUCCUUCAGUAAACGUACAAGCCUGUAUAUUGUGUGUGUCUAUCCCAACAGUUAACAGCCAUGAGAACAUGCAUGGCUGCAUCCUUUGAUUGCAUGAGCCAGCCGAGAUAUACAGUGGUACCUUGGGUUACAUACGCUUCAGGUUACAUACGCUUCAGGUUACAGUCUCCGCUAACCCAGAAAUAGUACCUCGGGUUAAGAACUUUGCUUCAGGAUGAGAACAGAAAUCGUGUGGUGGCGGUGUGGCGGCAGCAGGAGGCCCCAUUAGCUAAAGUGGUGCUUCAGGUUAAGAGCAGUUUCAGGUUAAGAACGGACCUCCAGAACGAAUUAAGUUCUUAACCCAAGGUACCACUGUACUUUCUCCUCCCUGGCUAACACAAAAUUUACAAGCAUUGUGGGACUUUCCCAUCAUGUUGUGCAAGCCAGCCUUCAAUCCAAAACAGACUUUUUGCGCUAUGUUCAUAUAUGUGUAAAAGGUAAGGUAAAGGACCCCUGCACGGUUAAGCCUAGUCAAAGGCAACUGUGGGGUGUGGCGUAUGAAUAUUAACACUGGGCUGUGUCCCAGUAUAUCAAAACACUUCUGAUUUUGGGGGGUGUUUUGUGUGGUUAAAGUGCUUCUCAUUCCUAAUUCUCGUCUGGAAAAGCUGCUUCGCUUUUGAAGCAACUGUGGGCAUUUGCUCUGAUGUAGAUAUGUAAAUUAAACACACUGCCAAAAUAUUUGUUGGCAAGAGGAGAGAGGUGUUUGCUUGCAAAGGGCACGGGACUUUUUUCCUAUUCAGAACGACACGCAACAGUUUCUAUGGAUAAUGUGUGCUUUGUUGGUGCCUUCUGGAAGGGAGGACAACUUUUAUCAUGCCCUGUCCUGCCUUGCUAGAAUUCUCUAUCACAUAAACAGACAAGCGGACUCUCAUAAGAUUCUGAACUUUUUAUUUUCUGGCAUGAAAAGUACAAAUAAUUAAACAAUUCCAUGUAAAAGAUUCAUACAGCCGCCGUGCCUGAAAUCCCAGUAAUAAAUAUUCUAAACUAAA